AUGGAUGAGAGGUCCGAGUCUCGAGCGUCAGGAACGACAUACCACAGCUUCGCAGAUACGGAGUUGUUCGAGUCUGCGUCUCCUCCCCCUCGACCACCCGUGACAUACGAUACAACCAGUCUUCAACAACUUCAAAAUGAGCUUCAGCGUCAACAACAGCCACUCCCCAAGGAUAACAACUGGGUGAGGGACCGUCGACCACCUACGGCAAAGAUGCAGCGACAAGAUUCUGGCUACGAGUCCAAUACUCCUCGACGCACUUCUACCUCCAACACUACCACCUCUAGUCGAUGGUCGAAUGGCUCCUCCAGAGACACAAGCAGUAACAGCAGCAACGGUUCAGGAGUCAGAACUCGCUUUCGCGAUCGUCGUCCUUCUCUUCGUUGCUCAGCAAAGACGCAGCCCGUUCAAGCAAGCCGCACAAGCGCUCAGUCACUUCAUCUCGUGCGCACAAACACUGCUACUCAACAAUCCUCAAAGCAACCCACCGCCUUCUUCCACUUCCCCUCGCCAGACCCUAUCCAGCUCGCUGACAGCGUUCCCGAUCGUCGCGUCCAACCUACGCCAAUCCCUUCUCCACCACCGCAGACAACACACUACUGGACCAGCGACCGUACACGCCGUCUCGAGUACGCCGCCAUCGACGCUGCCACGCGUGGUGUAAAAGGCUGGGUUCUGAGACACAUCGUUCCAGACUGCUUCGUGUCUCGCGAGAACAGACAUGUCUCGUUUGACGACGAUUCAGGAAGUGUGCGACGAUACAGGCUUGAGCUUGAAGAUGAUCAUCAUACUGAAAAGAUGACGUAUAAGAAUAAGAACAAGAAUGGACGAAGACGCAAGGGAUGGAAAUUCUGGAAACGCCAAAAGGCCGAGGUUCAACCCGCGGCGUACAUCUGA